AUGGUUCGAAAGUUGAAAGCAAAGGAGAGGAAGAGAAAAAUGGAUGCAGUCUAUGAGUACAACUUGAAGAAAAAAACUAAGGAACAGAUGGAAGCAUCCAAUGACAUUAUCACCAUUGUUGAUUCAUCAGACAAGACAAGAGCAAGGCAAGAGAAAGAAAAGUGUGAAAAGGAGAUGAAAAGGUUGUUAAAAGUGUUGGGCGACGCCUUCAGCUCCUUUGGUGUUUCAAGAGGCAACACCUCUGGUUGGACCCAACCAUUGGGUGACAUUUAUGGGUCGAAUGGGCAUGGAGGGCCGAAGAAGCUGAGGAGCAGCCGAGGUGGAGCUAGAGUGACCCAAUCCAUGGGCGACGUCAAUAGAGAGAUUGGCUCCACUAGGGGCGGCGCAUGUAUGCUGGGACCAUUAGAUAAUGCUAGGCAUGCGCUGGGCAUGCCAGGCGGACGUUGUAGGUUGGGCACUAUUUGUGACGAUUUGGGCAGCCACAACGAUGAAAUUUCCCAAGGCGCUCAUUCUAACGGAGGCAUGUUGAAGGAAGCUACACGAGACUUGCAGCAAGGCAAGAGGAUUGCUGAAGGUGACAGUUUCUAA